AUGGAGACGUCAGAUGGCGAAACAGUUCUGCGGCAGGUACAAGCGAAAGAAAGCGAGGACAGCAGACGCUCCGGAACGCGCGGGCCCCGCAACGAGGCACUACCGCAUUGGACUGGCCCAAAGGCCAUUCUUGAUCCUCAGGGCGGAAAGCGAUGGCUCUUCGUUUGCAAGCAUUGCGAUGCAGAACGCACGGUUGUCCGUCAAGCAGACGAAUGGAAGGAUGAACGGCGAAAACCUGUUUUGGGCAACCUUACGACACACACUAAUUCAAAGCACGUGGACACUGUCAAAGAGGUGAAGGCUGCGAAGACGACACCACAAGAUGGGCAGAAUCCAAGUCGAUCAGCGAACGGCAGCUACACUCCAGCCAGUGCACGGCUGAUGGAGAAGUUUCUUGAGGAUGGCCGGCUCAACCCGAAGCGCGAUCCCACUCAGAAGGGAUUCCUGCGCGUGUUCGCGGCAUGGCUACUCGAGGAGAACCUUCCUUUCACGACUGGAGAAGCCCCCGGUCUUCACCGACUUUUCCAUUAUUUAGGCAUCAAGUUCAUUCUACCGACGGACACCACCGUGCGCAACACUCUCGCGCGCAUCUUUGCGGAUCUGCAUGCUGCACUCGUCAAGGAGCUUGCGGCGAUCAAUGGCUGGGUAGCGGCGCGAGAUAAGCUCGAAGCUCUGACGCUGACACCGUCAGAUUGGAAUCUGUUGCAGCAGCUAUGCGAAAUUCUUGGAGCAUUCACAGUUGUCACUCGACAUAUGUCCCUUGCAGACACACCAACAUUGCCGUGGGUGUUGCCAAUGUAUCACCAUAUGCAAGGAACACUAGAGCAGGCCAUUGCGACGACAACGCUAUCAUCCAUUAAGCGCGCCACUACUGCAGGUCUAUCUAAGCUCAAUGCAUACUUUGUGAAGGCUCUCGACUGCCAACACAAUGUUAUUGCGACUGGUAAGCUGCUUGGAGAAGAUCGCAAGGAACGUGCUUGGACGAUUUUCGAAUAUGUUUUUCAAGAGUAUGAGAAGACUGGUCCAAAGGUCGUGGUUAAGCCACAGAUGGCAUCACAACCGAUCACGCAGACCUUUCUUGACACUCUUACAUCUGAUGUUGACUUUGCUGCUGAUACUCCUGUCAUAGCUGAGUCAGAGCUUGAGAGGUGGAAGCGUGGAGUUGGGGGAAAAGGUGAUCCAUAUGCACCUCUUAUCUGGUGGAAGGUAAUUCUCAUUUUACGAGUAUUCAAAGUCUUUUGCUUAUGUUGGUUGGUUUAUAGGCUCAUGAACAUGAGUUUCCUGGCAUUUCUCAUAUGGCUCGAGAUUUCCUUGCCAUUCCUGGUGCAAGUGUCGCAGUUGAACAUUUGUUUUCUGCUAGCCGCCAUGUAUGUGCCGAUGCACGCAGCUCCUUGA